ACUUGUUUCUAUUUGAAGCGCACUGCCGCUCGCAGCGAGAUCCGCUCUUGGAGAGGCCUCGUUUCAGACACUGUGAACGCACUAGAACACAUCAGGCAGGUGUAUAUCCUUGGGGUGGUCUACCAUUAUAGACCUGGGGCACGUGACGGCAUGGAUUUCCAGCAGCUACUGAAGCAGGCGUCGGCCAACCAGUCCUACACCCAAAAGAAGCAUGAGCAAAAGAAGAAGCAACAGGAGGAGAAGAAGAGGAGAGAGGAGGAGGAGAGAAUGGAGAAGGUCAGAAAGGCCUCAGCUCUCCUCCACGGCAUGAAGAAAGCCACGGAGAAGAAGGAGAGAGAGUACAGAGGAAUCGUCAACAGCAGAGCAGCAGAGUAUGAGAAGGCAGCUGCUAAAUUGUCUGCUGCUUCCUCUAGUGAUUGUGGUACGAAUAGGACCACACCCAGCAACGGUAGGCCACACCCCCUGGCAACCACUUCUGGUAAACAGACGAAUGGCGGCAACCCGAGUAAAAAAUCAGACAAGUCCUCGCAGACUGCGAAAGGGAAAACUAAAAUAUCUCCAACCCAAACCUCAUCCUCAAAGUCAUCAGCCGUUACUUCGACUUCCAAAACACCCAAAACACUGUCCGUCUCUAAAUCUUCUGGUUCCACUAGUGGAUCGAAGACACCUUCUUCAAAACCACCAGGAGUUACAUCGUCGUACAAAACGACAGGAGGUGCAACGUCGUCAAAACCAACAACAAUGUCCUCUACUGUUGCGAGAGGCUCAGGUGGGCCAAAGCCUCCGGUAAACUUCCAGCAACUGAUGAAACUGGCAGAGCAGAAGAAGUCCGGGCACCAGAGUGCAGAGUCUGGUGUUGGGAAGAGAGGCAACGUCGCUGCAAGUGGACCAAGUAGAACGGAUCAUAUAAGGACAGCGGAGAUGGGAAAAUGUGCGGAUAAGCCGUUGGGAGGGAGAAGUCGCAGUCGGUCGCCGCUUGGGAAACUGCUGCUGGAGAAGAGCACCAGUCGAGGGAGAGGGAGAAAUGGACUUGGCAGAGGAGGAGAAAGAGGAGGUGGAGGGGAAGGGGGAGGGGCAGGAGAGAAAAACAGUGUUGAUGCGUCGCAGAGCGGAUCAAGAGUGGGACAGAAGACAGGUGGUGGCGAAUGCUCAGCCGUGGGAAACAAACUGAGAGAACUGGCCCAGUCCAGAGUGGUUGGCAGAGGAGGGAAGGCUGUAAGAGAGGUAGGGACCUCCCAGAAAAUGCCCGAGUCUGCCCUCCUCAUGAGAGAAAGGUUCAGGAAAGAACUCGAAGCUUCAGCCAAUGGCAGCAAAACAGCCGAGAGUGCCAAAACCGCAACAAAACCCUCUGCAAAGUCUAAUUCUUUCUAUGCUAGCUCUCACGCUGAGCUUUCCAAGGAAGGGAGGCCGAAAUUUGCAAACAAAAGAGCGACUGUUUCUGGUCCUCGUCAUCAUCAGAGUUCAUGGGUGAGUGAUAUGAAUGAGUAUGUGGAGAGACUGAGGGAGGGGGGAGGAGAGGGGUACAAUGAAGAAGAUGAGGAAGACGAUGGGUUGGACGAUUUCGUGGUCGACGAUGAAGAAGGAGACGAUGUCUCAUCAGCCAUUAGAGAAAUUUUCGGAUACGACAGACGAAGGUAUGGAGAUGAUGAUGAUGAUGAUCGAAUGAUGGAAUCCAGCUUUGCUCAGCAGCAGUACGAAGAAAUGAGGAGUUCUCGCAUCGGUCGUCAGGAAGAUGCGGAAGACAUAAGGAGAGAGAACGAGAGGCUGUCCCGCAAGAGAAGAAAUGGAGGAGGGGGAGGACCCUCCUUAUCAAAACAGACAAAGCUAUCGUUCAGAUGAUUUCACAGCCAAUGUUUUUCCACUUGUCGAUUAUUGUUGUAUAUAAUAUGUCAGGGAACUACUGUACGUUGUCAUUUUUACCCACAAAGUGAAAUAUUAUUCCCAAAGUGAAAUGCACAAUGAAUGCAGAGUUAAAAUGGUCGACUAUACUAAAUUAUCAUGUGACACACGCUCUUGUUGUCCUAAUGGAUUCCUAUUAGAGGAGUAGAGUGGCUAGCAUGGCCAGCAGGAUGCUCAGUCCAGAGAACAACACACCUGCAAUAGUG